GCCACCUGUCAGUGUCCAUCAGUGCCAGCUGUCAGUGCUCCUAUCAGUGCCAGUCAGUGUCACCUAUCAGUGCCAGUCAGUGCUACCUAUCAGUGCUGCCAAUCAGUGCCGCCUAUCAGUGCGCAUCAGUGCUGCCUAUCAGUGCUGCCUAACAGCACCAGUCAGUGCCAAUCACUGCCACCUAUCAGUGCCAUAUAUGAGUGCUGCCUUUCAGUGCCCAUCAGUGAUGCCUGUCAAUGCCCAUCAGUGCCACCUACCAGUGACUCCCCAUCAGUGCCACCUAUCAGUGUCCAUCUGUGCAGCCUAUCAGUGCCUAUUACUGCAGCCUCAAUA